ACGGGCCCUGUAUUUGCAACAAACACACUUCCCUCUGCACCCAGAAAUGAACGGGGUGAGAAGAGGUUUAAGAGAGGCUGUUUGGUGGGCGGUCCGGCCGCGGCGGGACUUGGCCCUCUCCUCUUCCUGCUCUGCAGAUCAGGAAGACGCCAGAGGCGCAGGGUCCAAACGCUAUCCUUGGUCGGGGGCCCUGGCGCUUCGGAAGGGGGUGGCGUCUGGCCGAGCGGGAACGCCCUCGCGUCUGCUGAGUCUUGGCAGACUGAGGGGCGGGAACGGCAGGUGCGGGCUUCGCUGGCUGCUGAGUCGGCGCAAGUUUAGGGCGACUUGAAGCAGCUGCGGAGCUGGAGCGCUUUGGCAGGAAGUGUCGCAUGGCCCGUGACGCCUUCUGUGCCUCUGUGAAACGCUCAGCAAAUCCUUCCACCGCAGGUCCAAAGAGGCCGGUGCUGCAGCAGAAGCAGUUUUUCCCUACCGUUUCAAUGAGCGCUCUCAGCAUGGCAUUUUACACUCGCUGCUUGCAAGAACUUCCACGGAUUACAGUGAACGAUGUAAAUCGAAUUGUAAGAUUAGCAUCGGUCACUCCUUCAAGUAAAAAGGAGAAGGGCUUCAAACUGUAUAUUUCGACCUAUAUCGACAACUUUGAAGUCUCUGAAAAGGAUCAGGUGACAGGAGAGAUCAGCGUGAGGGCGACUUGUUUCAGAUCUAUGAGGAAGACAGAGAAGCCACAUAGUUUGAGAAUUACAUUAAAGGACUCCAAACCUGUCAUACUGUCCCAGUGUAGCUGUUCCUGUGUUGCUGGCACAGCACUGUGCAACCAUAUUGUUGCACUAUUGUACCAGACUGCACAUUACUCUCAGCUUGGCAUCAGUGCAGUUCCUCCAGUUCGCAGCUGUACUGAAACUGAGCAGAGCUGGCACAAACCACGAACAAUGGGAGUCCGGCCAGGUCCUGUCAGUGGGAUGGUGGUUAUAUCUGCACGACCUAAAGAAAGGAAACUCGCAGAUGGCUUAAGGAGUACCUUGUAUAAAGGUGUUUCCAGCGACUUGCCUGACCUCUCAGUCCUGCAAGUGGAAGAGGUGUAUAAGGACUUUACCAGCACUACAGCCCCUUUAGUCAGAAAAGACCGCGCUAUUACCACAGCUUGCUAUCAGAGAGCGCUAAACCGGAAGCUCGCCUACAACUGA